CCAGCCACCGUGCACUCACAGUGACACAGUGGAAGCGAGGUAGCAAGCAAAGUCAUCGUCAGCGGACAGUCGUCGUCGACGCCCCAUGAGAGAGACGACCGCUCGGCUUUUAAGGAUUUCCUGCGCCGUUUGAAACCAGAACCAGCCGCCGACUAGUCCAAAAUGAAGGCAUUCAGCAUUGCAGUUGCAGUGACACUCGUGCUCGCCUUUAUUCGCAUCCCGGAGAUCUCGGCGCUCCCCUUCGACGAGGUGCGGGUGCAAACGGAGGUGGCGAGAGGCGGCGGCGGCGGCGACGCUCCGGUUGCUGGCCUACUGGACGCGGCCGCCGACGGGGAGCCUUGGACGGCGUAUCACGCGCGACACAAGCGGCAAAGCAACCUGUCCAUGUGCCGCUGGUGCUGCAAAUGCUGCCGCUCCUACAAGGGCUGCGGCUUCUGCUGCAAGUUCUGAAAGGGAGAGCGAAAACGACGACGACGACGACGGCAAACAAGAGCAUCCUAAUUUAUCACUGAGCUGGUUCCCCGAUUUUUAUUUUGGUCGCACGUGAUCUAGAAACUGUCAAAGUGGCACAGUGGUAUUUAUUUUCAUGUUUGGAAUAGUCUUAAGCUUUUGUAAACUUUUUUUUUUUUUAAUUCCAACUUGUAUUCAGAAUUGUUGAAUAAAUGAAUCUUGAAAUGUA